AUUAAACAGAUCAGUACCAACCAUUAUGAGGAAAGACCGUUUGGUCACUCUGCCUUUAAAGAUAAAAUUUACUUCUUAAUUCUGCUUAGCUAUUUAAAAAUGGGUGAUUGGGCUAAAAAAGCUGAGGACCAGGAGGUUUCUAAGCUGGUCGACAAACUUAACCUAGACUCUAAAUCUGGCGAAGAAACCGAUUUCGAUGUCGCUGAUCCAGCUGAAACAAGUCUCCUCAUAAAAAUACUAGGAAAGGGGCUGGUGAACACAAAGUUAUCUCUCGACAUUCAACAAAAAAAUCCGAAUUCACCCUUACAUUCCGUAAAAACAUUUGAAGCUUUACACCUAAAAGCAUCUCUGUUAAAAGGAAUUUACGCAAUGGGGUUUAAUACUCCAUCAAAAAUUCAAGAAACAGCGUUGCCAACUCUUCUUGCAGAUCCACCACAAAAUAUGAUAGCACAAAGCCAGUCUGGGACAGGCAAAACAGCGGCAUUUGUAUUGGCCAUGCUUAGCCGAGUCAACGUUGGUUUAAAUCAUCCUCAGGUUCUGUGUUUAUCCCCUACGUACGAGUUGGCAAUUCAAACUGGAGAAGUGGCUGCGCGAAUGGGACAAUUUUGCCGGGAAAUAAAGCUAAGAUUUGCGGUCCGUGGAGAAGAGGUUGACCGCAGUAAAAAAAUUGAAGAACACAUUUUGAUUGGUACCCCAGGAAAACUUUUGGAUUGGGGAAUAAAAUUUCGUUUAUUUGAUAUGAAGAAAAUAACCGUUUUUGUAUUGGAUGAAGCAGAUGUAAUGAUAGCCACCCAAGGUCAUCAUGAUCAAUGCAUUCGAAUACACAAAAUGCUGAAUCCACAUUGUCAAAUGUUGUUUUUCUCUGCUACUUAUGGUAAAGAGGUUAUGGACUUUGCUCGGCUGAUUGUUGCAGAUCCCACAAUAAUAAGAUUAAUGCGUGAAGAGGAAUCACUUGAAAACAUAAAGCAAUAUUAUGUUAAGUGUAAAAAUGAAGAAGGAAAAUAUAAUGCGAUUCAAAAUAUUUACGGUUGCAUUAGCGUUGGCCAAGCUAUAAUAUUUUGCCAUACACGAAGAACUGCUGCUUGGCUUGCAGCAAAAAUGACGUCGGAUGGUCAUUCUGUUGCUGUUCUUACCGGGGAUUUAACAGUUGUGCAAAGACUUGAUGUCUUAGAUCGUUUCCGUUCAGGACUUGAAAAGGUGCUUAUCACUACAAAUAUUUUAUCAAGAGGCAUUGAUAUUGAACAAGUUACAAUUGUAGUCAAUUUCGAUUUGCCCGUAGACGUUGAUGGAAAGGCUGACUGUGAAACUUAUUUACAUCGGAUAGGACGGACUGGAAGGUUUGGUAAGAAAACAAAGAAAGUCUGGAAUCGCCAUAAAUCUUAUAACAGAUGAGAAGACCAUGAAAGUGUGUUCCGAUAUCGAAAAACAUUUCAACAAAAAAAUUGAAGUUUUAAAUACCGAUAGUGCCGAUGAUAUAGAAAAAAUUGGUACAUAGAUUUUAAGCUCCUAAACGAGAAUUCUUUUGAUAAUAAAAAAUAACUCAAAGUUGUGUAAAACUA